AUGGCGCGAGCCCGGUCGGCAGAUGCAUAUGGGUCAUGUGCAAUCACGUGCAUCCCCAAGCCCUUGGCCCGUCUUGCCACUUCUGAGCCAACCUUUCCGAAGCCCAUAACAGCAAGAGUUUUGCCGACAAGGGAGACGCCAACAUACUUACUGCGCAGCCAUUUUCCUGGAGACAAUUGACAACAGAUAUUGACAUAUUAAAUAAUUAUUAUUUGGUGGACAGACCCAAGGAGAGAAAUAAUUCGGCAACCGGGCCACUUUCAGAGAGGAGUUGAAGAUAAUCUUGAGAUCCCUAACACCAAAAAAAUCACGGAAUUGAAGGUGACAAAGAAAGUGUUCUGUUUAUUGUGAUUGGAACCAUCUUUGAAGAUGAUCAGGGCUUGUCUUUUUUUUUUCCCUGAAUAAAUCGAUAGCAAUUGCUCAAUUGGAACCAAGUGUAAAGUUCACAAUCUUAUCCCCCAUGUUGGCCUGUGUAGAUGGAAGAAGGGCACACCAGACAGGGUUCUUUCAGGAAGCUUUUCUCUCCAACUAAUCUAGCAUGAAAUUGCUUACACUGAAUAUAGAUGGAUAAUAAUUGCACAAAAGGACAAACAGACACAAAUUCAAUAGUAAUUAGUGGGACAGAUCCACUAAAUUAGGGCGAACGGUCAAAAUUCAUGAACAAGUAGAACGUGAAAAACAUUUGUAACUAUCAGGAAAAGGAUAAAAAUAAAGCAGUCAUUUAUCUAUAUUGGGAUGAUAAAAUAUACCAUUUUGAAAAUUUUCUAAUCAAGUAGUUUAAAUGGUAAGGCGUAGAUUAAUUGAAAUUACUGAAACUACAAGAUAUUAAUGUCAUGCAUAUCUUUCUCACUGUUAAUACUAAAAGUCAAUAAAAUAUAACUAAGCAAAUGGCAAUGAUAUGGCUAUGUAUAACUUAAAGCCCAAGUUAGGUCAUUUAUAAUCAUCUUGAAACAAAUUGAACACCCAAUUUUGAUCUGAAUUUAUUAACUCAGCAAAGAAGGUUCAGCAUAGAGCUUUUUGUGAUUUCAUCAAACACCUAAAACUCUUCCAUUUUGACUAUCGCAUAUGGCUAUUCCCUUUCCUUUACAAUCUACCUACUUCUCACAAAACUUGAACAUCUCGGCAAUCCAACCCAUUUGAAACGAAACAUAGGUUAGUUAAAACCUCUUUCCAUUCGGUCAAGUCACUGUAAUCCUAAUGCCAUUUUAACCUUGAUUCCAGAAUAUUUUCUCAUCGCAAUUAUCCUAAGACAACCUUGAAUGGCUAUCCUUCCCUUCCCAUCUACUUAAUAAAGAUAUUCUCCCUGGAGAGAUCUUUCCACAAGAUAGACCCCAAUGAUCAUACCAAAGCAAUUACUUCUUCCUAGGGCUAUCGAUUUAAUCAUUCAAAUUACUACAAUACAACAGAGAGGGUAGAAUUGAGAUACCUUCAUAGAUUAUGCUGCACCAAUCAAACAAAGCAACUAAUUUACUCUCUAACACAAAGUGGAUGAAACGAAAAAAAAUGCAUUCAUCCACACGCUACCAAAGCAUAUAGUUUCCACAGAGCAGCAUUUGAGGUAUCAUAAAGGAAAUGAUAGAGAAUCCUAAUUCGUUUCAAAAGUUGGCAGCUCUGGUGAAUAAGUAUCCUAAGAUAAAUAUCACGAGUCCUGUUGAAGCGAAUGAUGAAGACUACAUUUUUGCGUACUCACAAACUGCUCAAAGUGUUGCCCAUACACUCAGAGGCAAAAAGAAUUCCAUCGGAGUAGAUUAAACACUUCAAACCUUUCCUGGCUGAUACAAAGAACAUAAAAAUACAAUAACCAGGAAACUUGCCAUGCUUCAAUUGACGAGAAAAAAAAACUGAAAACACGUUCGGAAGAAGAUGAAUAAGAGCAGUACUAGAUAAGAAUUCAAAUAGUGCUUCCUUCAGUAUAAAUUUGGGGAACACAAAAUUCAGAUCAUCAAAGUCAAAGUUUGCACGCAUGGAUGAUGAAGACAAUCCUACAUACCCAACCAUACAACACAUUCGAUGUGAAAAUGGAAGUACUAAAAUGACAAGAGGCGAGAAAUAGAAGACACUUUGAGAUUAGGUUUUUGCAUCAACAUAGAUACGGAUUAUUAAUGUGUCCCAAAUCAUUACGUGUUGAGUUUUUAUCGUUAAUAUCUAAUAAGAUACCUUUCUUUCCUCAAUAACGAUGUAUUUUCCACUUCUAGGCUGAGGAACAUCUCAAAAGCAGCCACUGAUCCUGGCUUAAGAUUCUCCCAGAAGGUUACAUACACAACACUAACAUCUUUCGAUGCCAAAAAUCACUAUUGUUUUCAUUAAGUAGAAUACAAGGAAUAGAACCACCGCACCAGAACUCAGGUCACGUUCUACUAGAUAAUUGCCUCCAUACUAUCCAAAGAGGUUCAAAGAAAAUCAAUAGUAACGUCAAUGGAUACGGAAACAUAUUGCUUGAAAAAUAAUUUUAUAAAAUAUACGAUGAGGAAUAUAAUCAUCUCUCUGGAGUUUUUCUCAUAAGCUUUAACAGGAUCUAGGAACAGAUUAUACGUCACAUAUCCUUCGAAAUGAAUGCAAAACGGACUUUUACACAGGUUGACCAUUUUAUUUCCUAGUUUAUCAACUAUCCAGCUCAAAUCACGAUACAGGAACUGACAAGAAAUUAAAUGCUGCGAAAGGAAUCCGGAAACGACCAGGAUAUUGCCUUUAGAAUCAUUAAGUCCUAUAUCAAUAUCAACCCGGAGGUUAAAAUAUCGGAAAAAGCGAACUACAAAGGAAUCAUAUUCUUAAGGAGGCUUAACUAGAUCAUCAGGCCUUUCACGUGGACGAAUAUAAAUAGUUCUAGCUGGUGCUGUAGCUCAACCCUUGCAUGACAUAUCUUCAAAAGACUGCAAAGCAAGUUCAAAAUAGCCCAACAUAACUUGAAAUGCAAAGCAUGGUUAAUCUUGCUAAACAAAACUAGGAGAGAUCUUCUCAUCUGCAACAGUCUAUUUAGAGAUUAGCAACGUCUUAGUUAGCUCCUCAAUAAUUAUGGAUUCCAAUAAAUUUUUUAGAGAUUAGGAGAUUACGUGCAUUUCACUUUUUUGGACCACAACCAUAAAAUUCGACUUACUCGAUCACAGGCUGAUGUUCAACUGCACAUCUAAAUGCACGGAAAGGCAGAUGAUUAUUUUUAUUUUUCUUACGCUGAGGGUAUUACAAGUUAUAUUUAUCAAAAAUCUCCAUCUCUGUUCAGAAAAGUCUGUAAAAUAAAGCUUUUCCGUCAUUACUGUCUUUUCCAUUCACGUCUAUUCACCUUAUUGUUAACCACAUGCAUCCUUUCUACAAAAAAAGUAAUCAGAGAAAAUAAUGAUAACAUGAGCAUUUCAGCGAACAGAUCAUAGGCAAAAUGAUAUAGCAAGCAUCCAAACAGAUCCAUCGAGUAUGGUUUAAUAAGAAAGAUAUCAAGUUGUUAUUAUAUAGGAAUAGAAAGAAACAGAGUUGAAGAGGAGACUCUGAAAAGGAGAGAAAGAAAUGGGGAAAGUGGGUUAAGCAGAGAAAGGAAGUCACCAGCUUUGAGCGAGGCAUCGGCCUGGGCGAUGUUGCGGGCCAUGGCAGUGAGUAAGGCGAUGCCGUGCUCGGCGGCCGCGACCGUGUUGGCGGUGGGAGCAUUGACGACGAGGCAUCCGUGCUCGGUUGCGGCCCCGAGAUCAACGUUGUCGAUCCCGACCCCAGCGCGGCCAACGACACGGAGCCGACCGCCGGACGACUCGAAGACCUCGCGGCUGACCUUCGUGCCGCUACGCACGAUAAGGGCAUCGCAGAGGGAGAUCUUGGUGCAGAGCUCCUCCUGCGUGAGGUUGUAGGAGCAAUCCACGUUGGCAAACCCUUUGAGGACCUCCAGACCCGCCUCCCCGAGCUUCUCCGCCACCAAUACCGUGGGCUUUGCCCCCAUCCCUCCCGCAGUCGCCACCACAACGAGGCGGCGCCGCCAUUCUCCCCCUCGCCCCCCGACGGGAACGGCGGACCGGAACGAGAUGCAACGCGACAUACUGUUGGAGAAAGAAAACGCCGCCGCCAAACGCGGCGGCGGCUUCACCAACGCCGGCGCAGAGGAAGUGGAAGCAGCAGCCAUCGGCGCCAUUCUCCUCCGCUCCUUCCUACUCUCUGUAUGGGAUCUCUGAGCUCUGCACUCUCUCUCUAA